AUGCAGAUUGAAAACAAAAAGACUGGCUAUCUUGGAAUGUGUGAUACGAUUGGAACUGAUAAUGAAAGUAACCUGCAAGAGCGUAGUGCUGUUAGCAUUGUGGAUGAGGAUGGAGACUUUGGGUCAGAAGAUGUUCGGGAGGCAUCUGACACUGAUAAAGAACAAGAAUUGGGUGUCAAGUCCCAAACUUUUGUAAAGGCACCAGCAUCCAGAAGCUCUUUCCAUUCACGCUUGGAGUAUAAGUUACCAAAAACAGAGGUAGAGGAUCUGUUGAAGAAAAAAUGGAAGUAUCAAUGGGAUGUGCCCGCUUUUGGCAUGCCAAAUUGCAAGUGGGUAGGAACGGGAGAGUGUUUUGUAGAGGAUGCUAACAUAAACUCUGAUUGUGGUCUCAAGCAAAGGCUAUAUAAACACUGGUUGGAUGUGUACGGGACAUCCGGCAGCAAUGAUUUUGAUUCAUCUCUUCAGAGAUUUUUCUUCUCCCUUUGCCUGGGGUUGGUUACUGGACCUAGCACCUCCCUAGGCAACAGCUAUAGAGAUAUUUUGCACUGUAACAAGAAACCUUUUUACCGCAAGGGCCUGAAAGAAGACUUGGCAAUCAUGGAUGCAUACAUUAUGCACUGUCUCAAUCACAUUUUCAGAACUAGAGAUCUUGUAACAAAGAAUGAUUCAAAAGUGGGCAAGCAUCGGGAGAAUUCUGAGGAUGAAUUGCUUAAUGGUGAUGAAUUCCUUGAUCAUGGGUUUACUCGUCCAAAGGUUUUGAUCCUGCUGCCUUUUAGAAACAUCGCAAAUCGUUUUGUUAACAGGCUGAUACAACUGACCCCUUCAGCUUACAAGGUUAAUGUGGAGCACAUGAGUCGUUUCUCUGAUGAAUUUGGAACUCAAGAUGACGAAGACAAUGUAAACACCAAUGACUUAACUGGAAGUGUUAGCAAUUCAAAAUCUCAGAAUUCCUCAAAACCACCAGACCAUCAAGCACUUUUUGAUGGAAAUAUAGAUGAUAAAUUUAUGAUAGGCAUUAAAUUUACGAGACCAAAGUUUAAUAAUGCUAUAGCGACUGUUUCUGAGGCACUGGGGGCAAAAAUUGAGGAAGCUAAAAAGGACAAGGAAAAAGAUGUAGAUUAUCUUUCUUCUAUAGAGGUCCUUAUCAUUGAUCAUGCAGAUGUAAUAGCAAUGCAGAAUUGGACCUUUCUAACAUCAGUUCUUGAACAAAUGAACUGCAUACCUUCUAAGCAGCAUGGGACUGAUAUAAUGCGCAUUAGAAAGUGGUAUCUGGAUGGUCAUGCCAGAUUUUAUCGGCAAACAAUUAUUUUAGGUUGUUAUGCAAACCCAGGGUCUCCUACAGUCCUGGCCUCUGAGUUCAUUGACAAGUUUACUAAACCUGGGAUGGUUCCAAUCAACCACAAAACUGAUGUGAUCUGA